AGUUAGGGUUAGGGUUAGAAGGUUAGGUAACAAAUUCCCCCAAGUGCCUGCCUUGAAGAGAUUUUUAUCAGGGUCAAGAACAGAUGCUGCAAGGGGCUAAGCAUACUAAUCUGAGGGAUAUUCAAUGAAUCUUAGCAGACUGAGUUUGUUAGUCCAUUCACUUUAUUCUUCUAAGUCAAUUCCUGUAGAGAGCUGCGUGAAGCUGCAUUCUUGAGAUGGCUCUGGCUUUUGCCCCCCGCCCUCCCGAUGGCGAGUGCUCUCUAUGUUAAACAACUCCUUAUUUGGCUUGGCUUUAAAUUUCGGCUUGCUAAGGCAUACGUGCACCUAUCCAGGAAUCCCAUGUGGCGCAUGAUGGCUGGUGGUCUGAGACCUAUAUAAGGCUGGGCGGGCUCUCCCUAGGGGAGAAGAACAAAGGACACAGAUUUUGAAAAGACCUGAAUAAAAAACAGCUUGAAGAAGAGCUCGGUGUUGUGUCUUCCUUGCUGGUCGAGGCAGACGCGACAAUUGGUGGCCCGUACGGGGAAAACUCUUUGAAGAAAGGGAGCUCAGAACUUCUUGCUGUCAGGGGUCAACAAGAUCCAAUCUGGAUUCCAGAGCGACUCGUGAGGAAGAUACAACCGGACCGGGAAAGGGAAGAAAAUGACCAUGAAAAGGUUACUGGCAAUUAUGAUUACGGUGAUGCUGAUGUUCCCAGGAACAAUACAGAGGGAAACUAAAUUAUGGGCCGUCCUAAAAACAUGGCCCUAUCCUCUUCCUUUGACAUCUGAUUCAGGGAUAUUGCCUUUCAUAUUUACUACUAAUGAUACCUUAGAAUGGCCCUCUUUGCCAUUUGAUGAUGUAAAAGCCAUAGAUAAUUUUACUUGGGUUUCUUUGUAUAAUACCUUAUGUUUUUCUAUGUCACAAAAAAAUAUUAGUGAAAAUCCAUGCUUGGUGUUGCAUCAUCAUGUUUUAGGUGUUUUUCAUCAUGUAGUCAAUAGGUCCACCACCUCUGUUGGUCGUGGUACUGCAAUACUUCUGCAAGGAGUUACACCCAGAGCCAUAAGUAAAGGAGGUGCUAGUCCUCCUCGACAACCAUCCCUAUUACCUAGAUGUAUGAGCUCUGUCACCUGGCCUCCGGCAUGGACAGGAUGCCAAAGCACCCUACAACCCAAUUUUGUUAAUCUUAAUAGGACCUUUUCUUUAUCAUUGAAAGUAAGUCCGUAUAAUAAUUCCUUUAGUGGGUUUAAUUUUUCUUAUAAUAAUCCUUUGCAGGCAGCAUUUUCUAAUCCCUUUGAUUCAUGGGUAUUGUGUAAUUCCCGCAGUGCCUGUACCCAGCUUAAUGCUUUGGGGUUUGUAAAAGGGGGUGCUUUUCAGAAUUGUAGUUAUUCAGUACAUAUGGGGAUGACGUUUGAAUCAGAUGUCACCCUGAAUUGUACCCAUUCUAAGUCAGUUCAUUUUAGUCCUACCCUGGUUUGUGUGUGGCCCCCUUUCUUGUUCCUGCUGUUUAAUUAUUCGGGUGGAAUGUUGAAUUGUUCAUCUCAGAAAUGUUUUCUUGCACAAUGCUGGAAUGCCUCUGAGCAUGAUUCCGCUAUUGUGAUGCGUGUACCCACCUAUAUUCCUGUACCUGUCCGUAUCGAUGAUGCACAAUUACCAGUGGUCUUAAGUAGGCAGAAAAGAGACUUUGGCAUUACAGCAGCAAUAGUAACAGCCAUUGCAUUAUCAGAUACUGCUGCAGGGUUGGCUGCUGCAUCCAUGGCCACAUCUGUCCCGACAGCACAAGCACUAAAUGAACUGUCGAGUAAUACUGCCAAAGCCCUGCAAAGUCAAAAUGCUAUUAAUGUGCAUCUACAUCGUGGGAUCACAUUACUUAAUCAGAGGGUAGAUCUAUUACAAGAACAAAUUGAUAUUAUGGAGGGAGUACUUACUUCUGCUUGUAUAGCACCCAUGACUGGGUUAUGCAUUACCUCUAUUACCUAUGAGAAUUGGACUCGAGCAGCUAAUCUUUCUAAACAAUUGAGUGCUAUGAUUACAGGAGCCUGGACUGCUGAGUUUGAUAAUUUAACAGCGACCUUGAGGAACGAGAUUGUUGCGGUCAACAGCACGCGGGUCCAUGUGGCCACAGCAGAGGAACUUCUGACUUGGAUUCAUCAGUCCUUUAAUUUUUUGAAGGAGUGGGCGGGACUAGGUGCCUUGUUGGUUCUUGUGAUACUUGCCUUCCUUGUUUGCCUGUGGUGUUUCCAUAAGAUGAGGUUUGCACAGCGCUGUCAGGCAGCCAUGAUUAUCCAAGCAUUUACCGCCAUUGAGGCUGGUCAGUCCCCUCAGGCUUGGCUAGUAAAGCUGCAGUCUUGA